AUGACGUUUCUGCGAUGGAUUUGCGAAACAUACUUCCUGCCAAGGCGCCGGCCCGCAAAGAAGAAGACUGUCAACCAAUAUUGGCGAGACUUCAAGAUGCUUUACCGCCGGCGCAACGAAGGUCGCGUUGUGAAUGCCAACGACUGCCAGGAGAUUAGGAAGUACAUCGACGGUACGUUGAAGGAGGAGUUUCACUUAGACGAUCAGCCGAAGAACAAGCCAGUCAUGGGUGUUGAUGAUCUCUUGCUGGGCUUGACGCAUCACUGGUCUCGCGACAGGAGCGUCUUCCCCACGGAGGAUGACCGCCUUGACCUCUCUGCCAUUAUGCUGUUUCAGGCGUACACAGCUUGCAGGCCGGCAGAACUCGUUGACGGGACAAAAUGCAGGGCAGGCAGGGACCCCAUGAUUGACGACCCUGAAGUGGAAGACGUUGUCCCCGUCAAGUCUGAUAGCACCCAUGAGCUCCACCCUACCGAGGAGGGCAAGGGUGACGCCAACACAAAAACCACUCGUCCGAGCCUGGCGCCAACCGGGCCCCCUGGACGACAAUGGGAAGAAGACGACUCUGAUUCAGAUCCAGGAGCCGAAUCGGCGUAUGAUUCUGACUCGAUUGAUACCAGCGACGAUCAUACGGGCGAUACUGACUAUACCGAUGAUGAUACGAGCGAUACCGAAUAUCGCAACAAUGAUCCAGUGGAUGCUGUGCCACACGAGCACAGAACGCCAGAGCCCACUCCUCCCCUAUCUGAGCCCAACGAAGAUGAGGAGCCCGUUCGCAUGCACAAGGCUUUGUGCUAUGAGGACAUCGUUCUCUGGAUCGUGCAGGAUCCGAACAAGGCGGGAAGAGAUGUCCUGGCGAUGGAGGUGCUCUUCCGACACCACAAAGGAGCAGACAAGAAACCCAAACCCACUGUCUUCUUGUUUCGCGAGAACCCGCUUCCCAUUUUGUGUCCGAUAGCUCAUAUCCUGGCCCGAGCCAUUCGGGAUGAUGCGGUUCAAGUAGAUGGCUAUCGGCACGCCUCGCCGUUCUUCGCUUCAAACAUACGCAAGCAGGCAGCGAAGGUGAACUGGAAGCCGUCGAAACUUAAGACCCCAGUCUUCCGCCGAUCUGUGCGGACUUCUGGAGGGUGGAUUAAGUCUGCCACGGAGCCAAUGAAGUAUUCCGCGUACGCCUUUUAUCUCGACAGGAUCGGAUCAGAUUUGGGGUCGGAAGAAAAAUGGACGUCAUACUGCCUGCGGCGUGGUAAUGCGAACGCCCUGCUCACAGUCGCACCCAAUCCUGUUGUAGACCAAGUCAUGCGACACGACCCCAUGACUGGCUGUUUGGCGAAUGCGUAUUUAAAUCACCGUGUUGGUUUCAACACGCAAGAUGCAUUCCUCGAGAGGGACCCCUCGGCCGACGGAUUGACGCGAGCCUUCACCCACAUGAGUAUCCGAUGCAACCCGGAAGUCCCCAAGGAAAUUCCCAAAUCCGAGCUGGAGAAACUUGAACCUGAUCCAGAUGUCGUUGAACUCACGAACCAGGCCAAACGCAAGGCCAUCCAGAUUCGACAGGAGUACGGCUUCAUCAAAAAUGCACCAAAGGAGGUCAAGCAGGAGUACGAACAACUGCGUCGAGACCUCAAAAGUGCCGAAAAGGCUUUCCGGGAUGACAUGACCAAAGUUUUCCAGAACGAGCAUCGUCGUCGUAUGCAUAACGCUGAACUAGAGCGGCAGUUGAGCGGCAUGGCAAUUGAGGAUCAUGCCGAGCCAUCUAUCCAACAUGCCCUCGAGGAGCGGACUCAACUUCAAGCUCUCCUGUGUGACUUCGACACAAAUAUGAGUCUCAAAGAUAUUACAGAUCGGAAAGUCCAGGCCAUCGAUCUCAUGGUCCGUCUUGCUUCGCGCCGCGAGGUGCGCAAGCCCCGUCCUUCACCGCCGCCCCAUGAGGCUCGUGACAGUUACGCGAGCUCUCCAGAUCCAGAGCCAUUGCCCAAAUUGGAGGAGAUCCCCUUAGUUUUAGGGAGGACACAGUGCAUCUACUGCGUUGGAGACGAGCAACUGCCAUACAUUACCCGCAUGCGGGCUUUCACCCGGGUGUCACACAUGAUGGAUCAUGUCGAGAAGGUCCAUCUGCGGCAUGAGCCGUCCCUCACGCGAUUUGUAUGUCGCCAUCCGCAGUGCAAGCAUUUGGGUGACUUCCUGACCAGUUUGGACCACUUCAAAAACCACGUGCAGAGGGUGCAUGGGGUGAAGCUUCGGAAGUGA